AUGUCGCAGCGAUGGGCGGCGACCGGGAGACGGCCGCUGAAGUACGAGUUUCACGUCUUGACGAAGCCGGACGAGUCGCGGGUGUAUGACUGGCUGGAUCUAUCUCGAUCGGCGUGUCAGCCAACCCAUCGUCAGAUCUUGUGGUCGAGGCAGAAGACCACCGUCGAACGGGAGAACGUGACCGUGACAGUGCGAUGA